AACAAUUUUUUUUUUCAUACUCCACACCUUAUUUUUCCAUCCCUCUCAAAUUGGUCAAAUUAUAAGGAAUUAAGGAUUAGGGUUUCAGCAAUUUGGGGAUUUGGGUUUAGCCAUUUUUUAUGGCGCGGUCACGGUAAGUCUGUUGGCCAGUAUCACUGCUGCACACAAUUCAAGUGCGGGUACUCCAAUCUUGGGGGUAAUCGUGGCCUUGGUGACAUAGACAAGAGUCUGGAGAGUAUGUACACUCUCUCUACCAUAAACACAAUGGAUCCAGCUCCCUCGCAAUUCGAUUUCGAAUGCUUGUCCUCUCUCAUCGGCUUUGCAACAGGGAUUAAUCAGAGUUGUGGGCGGUGGUUAGAGUUGUCGAGAAAUAGUGAAAUGGAUGGUUUCAAUGUAGAUGAUACUGAAGCAGUGGCAAGAAACACAAAGAAUGGAGAUUCUCGGGCACGUCUACAUGCUCCUGCCCAACACAGUCGCUCUAAGAGUGUUUCAGAGAAGAACUUAGAUGUUUCAAGAAAUGAAGUUUCGCAUAUCAUGAAGGACCAAAAUGAACCACAUUUUUCACCACUUUCAACUAGGGCUUCUAGGUUCCAAAGUCCUCUCCAUGGCCAGCGUGAUUUUGUCAAGAAGACUGCAUCAUGUAGUCACCCGGCCUUCUUGGAAAAAGAUAUUGAGGAGCUGCAAAUACAUCUGCGGGAAGAGAAAUCUAUGCGCAUUAUGCUUGAGAAGGCAAUGGGCCGAGUUUCAAGUACCUUAUCUCCUGGACAUAGGCAUUUCGCUAUUCAGACAAAGGAAUUGAUUUCUGAGAUCGAGUUACUUGAAGAAGAGGUUGCAAAUCGUGAGCAGCAUGUGCUCUCACUUUACAGGAGUAUUUUCGAGAACUCUGUUAGUCGGCCAUCUUCUCAGCAGAGCUCAGACAUGUCUUCUCCAGCCCACCAUAUAAAGUUAUCAUCCAGGAAGCACCCGAGUAUCAUUUCUAGUGCCUUUUGUUCCUCAAAAAAGUUCCCAUUGCAACCCUUGCAAACUCUGGUUUCAGUAAAAGACUCUAGUAAAAGAACCUCCAAAUCUAGUGAGGUGUCAUUUUUGAGUGGCAACAGUGGCAUGCGUUGCGAGAAGUCUCGUUCAGCCCUAGUUCAGCCUUGCCAAAAGCUUCCCGCCAGGGACAGAACUUCUGUGCCUCGAACUCUGAAAGAGCAUCUCUAUCAGUGCCCCAGCAAGUUGUCUGAGGAGAUGGUCAGGUGUAUGGCUACUGUGUACUGUGGACUUCGUGGUGCAGCAUCUGCUAACCCCGAAAGAAACCUAUCCCCUUUAUUGUCGAGGUCUUCCAGUAACAUUGUACUUCCCCAACAUGAUUUUGGAGAGGAGCAAGAUUGUCCCUGCAAAUCUGUGCUAGAAAUAUCUUGGAUAUCAACUGACAAGAACCAGCUCUCUCGUGCAUCUUGUGCCAUCAAUAACUACAGAAUACUGAUGGAACAAUUGGAACGGGUGACUGUGAAUCAGAUGGAAAAUUGUGCCCAAACUGCAUUUUGGAUCAAUGUGUAUAAUGCCCUUGUGAUGCAUGCAUAUUUGGCAUAUGGAAUCCCCCACGGCUCAUUGAGGAGGUUAGCGUUGUUUCACAAGGCUGCUUACAACAUUGGUGGCUACAUCAUAAGUGCAAAUGCCAUAGAACAAUCAAUAUUUCGCUUCAACACGCCCCGAAUAGGAUGGUGGCUUGAGACCAUCAUAUCCUCUGCCCUGCGCAAAAAAUCUAGUGAAGAAAGGCAGCUUAUUGGUUCAAAAUUUGGUCUUGCAAAUCGGCAACCGCUUGUCUGCUUUGCCCUCUGUACUGGAGCUUUCUCUGAUCCUGUGAUAAGAGUCUACACAGCAUCAAGCGUUGAAGAGGAACUAACAGUGGCAAAAAGGGAUUUUCUUCAAGCAAAUGUAGUUGUGAAGAAAUCAAGGAAAGUCUUCCUCCCAAAGUUGUUGGAGAGGUUUGCAAGAGAGGCUUCUAUCGGCUCAGAGGAUCUUCUCAAGUGGGUCACUGAAAAUGUCGGUAAAAAGCUCAAUGAUUCAAUUAAAAAAUGCAUUGGUAAUAAAUCUAACAAGAAGGUAUCCCAGAUCAUAGAAUGGUUACCUUACAGCCCCAAGUUCAGGUACGUUUUCUCCGAGGACUUGACGGAAAAGCCAUGGUGGGUCUGACAUUUUCUCGAACCAACCUUACUUGAGGUGUCUACUGUCUAGUGUCCUUGUCAAGAGCCUAGUUGUCAGGGUAGUGUUCUUCAAAUGACUCACGAUCCUUCAUAUUGUAUAUUUGAUUUUUGCUUUUCUUAGAUGCCACUUUGUAGGUCUUCGAAGUUGUAACUUCCUGAGAGAACAUUGAAUUGUAAACUGAUACUUUCAGUCUAAUGAGCUGCGGUGGUGCUGAUUUUAGCU